UCUCUAAAUUUAAAAUUAAGUGGUCCAGUGUUUACCAUGGAGCCUCCAUCAGUAUCAGAAUUUUCAAAUUCAAGUGGCACUGUCAUACCCUGUAUGGCUGACGGUCACCCAGCCCCUCUCAUAACCUGGACAAAGAAUGAGGGUCAAGUUCUACAAGAUAUACCAGGUUUGAGACAUGUACGACGUGAUGGAGCUUUAAUCUUCUCACCAUUUACGCCAGAUGAAUAUAGACCAGACAUACAUGCUGCAGUUUAUUCUUGUAUUGCUACAAACAAUUUUGGAUCUGUUGCAAGUAGAGAUGUCCACGUCAGAGCUGUGGUUAACCAAAGAUAUGAGAUACAUUUAAAUGAUGAAUUCGUGCUUAAAGACAACAUGGGAUUGCUCCAAUGCACACCACCAAGUUUUGUAAAGGAUUAUGUGAGGAUAACUUCAUGGGAAAGAGUCGAUGGAUUUUUAAUCACUCCGGACAGCAUGAGUGGAAAGUAUGGAAUAUUGGAAGAUGGAAGCCUCUAUUUUCGUAACGUAAGGGAAAGGGACACCACCUUCAGCUUUCGGUGUCAUUCUGAAAACGUCAUUACAAGGGAAAAGAAAAUUAGUUCCAACUACUCAAGAGUAAUAAUAACAGAAUCUCACUAUAAUCAACCACCAAGAAUUAUUCAUAGAUCAAGUCGAGUGAGAGCACAAGUUGGACAUAGAACCACUCUUUCGUGUAUUGCUCAAGGAAUACCAGUUCCAGUAUACAGAUGGUAUCGAAUAGUACCAGGACAGCGAACAUUGUCCGAUGUCGCUGUGACUGUCAAACAAGAAGACGGAGUACUCAAAUUCAACAAAGUCAAGCCAUCAGAUGCCGGCCAGUACUCUUGCCAAGUGACUAAUACUGUUGGAGAAGACAGAGCCAAUGUGGAACUAUUAGUUGAAGAACCAUUAAGAGUUAACAUAUUCCCGAAAGAGUUGCAACUUGAUGUUGGAAAGAGUGGACUCUUCAACUGCUCAGUUGAGGGUCAACCAAUCGGGAGUGUUGUUUGGAAAAAGGAUGCCAGAUUUAUAGCCACCGACUCACGUGUUUUGUUUCCGUCCCCGACCACUCUCCAACUCAUACAGGCCAGAAGGCAAGACUCGGGAAUGUAUCAGUGCUUCGUUUACCGAGAUUACUAUUCGUCUCAGGCAUCUGCGAGGCUCGUCAUAGGAGACCUCGCACCGCAAUUCAAGCUAACGUUUCCAGAGAAAACAGUACGCCCUGGAAGUUUCGUUUCUCUCCUUUGCAUAUCAAACGGAAAUCCCACUCCACAAGUGAAAUGGACAUUGGAUGGACUAUGGACACUGUCCUCAAGACCAGGUAUCGUGGUGAGCACGUAUUUGAGUACAGGUGGCGACGUUAUUAGCUACGUCAAUAUAACGUCAGCUGAUGUGACAGACAGUGGAGUGUACACGUGUACAGUUUUUAAUGAAGCUGGAAGUACAUCUCACUCCAGAAGACUGAAUGUGUUUGGUUCUGUUUUCAUCAGACCGCUGAGUAAUUUAACUGCCUUAGCUGGAGGCUCAUUUAGAAUGUCAUGUCCUUUCGGUGGUUACCCAUAUGAUGAAAUUGCAUGGAAAAGAGAUGGAGAAGUACUGCCAACCCACCAAAGGCAACAUGUGUUUCAGAAUGGCACCGUAUUAAUAACUGACAUCAAGCCAGAUGAAGAUGGUGGUUUGUACAGUUGUGAGAUACGGAGUCCUCAAGGUGCACCAGUUUCUAGAACCUUCCGAAUUUCUAUUAGAACUGGACCAAGGAUAUCAAAUUUUUCUUUUCCGCAUAAUCUACAUGAAGGAAUGAGGACUGCAGUAACAUGCAUCAUUAUUGCUGGAGAUGGCCCACUUUCGACUACGUGGUUUAAGGACAGCUCUCCCCUCGAUGCAAGAGACCUUGAUGCAAUACUAGUGUAUGCGGAUGAAAAUUUUGUAUCCACUUUGACACUCAAGAAUUUGAGCUAUAGGCACAACGGAAAUUACACUUGCGUAGCUCGUAACGAUGUUUCAACCACCUCUCACAGCGCCAUACUCACCGUAAAAGUUCCUCCUAGGUGGGUAAUCAAGCCAACGGAUGUUGCAGCAGUGAUCGGUCAUCCAGUCAAAAUAGAAUGUCAAGCAGACGGUGUCCCCUUACCUCAUGUCAGGUGGAAAAUGUCUUCUAGUGAGUCACCUAAAUUAUUUAAAACAAUCGUCAGCAACUCUCAUGUGCAUACAUUGGUGAAUGGGUCUUUGAAUUUUCAAAGUUUAGACACACUAGACGCUGGCCACUAUUUAUGUGAAGCUAGCAAUGGUGUUGGUUCUGGUCUCACAGCAGUUGUCCGUCUCUCGGUCCAUAGUACUCCUCGUUUCCAUUCUAAAUAUAUGAUGAUGACGAUAAGACGUGGUGAAAAAGCUGUUAUGGAAUGUGAAGUUUCCGGUGACAAACCUAUAACAUUCUCAUGGAAAAAGAAUGGCGCAAUUUUAGAUCCCGUGACAGAUAUCAGGUAUUCGCAGACAGCUACGGAAACAUUUUCUGGCGGACGAUCUGAAUUAGUUAUUGAAAAAGUAGAAAAAAGAGAUUCAGCAUUAUUCACUUGCAGUGCCGUGAAUCAAUAUGGAGAUGACUCGAAAAAUAUCCAGCUCACUAUCCAAGAUAUACCAGAUGCGCCUAAGAGCACAGAAGUGCAUGAUGUAUCCAGUAGAAGCGUCAGAGUGUCAUGGAGUAAACCAUUCGAUGGAAAUUCUCCCAUAAUCCAAUACACUGUCGUUUGGCGUCAACUUGGAGAUCACUUGAUAGGAGGACCUGUUACAGUACCUGGGCAAGAAACAAGUUUAGUUGUUCGAGGGCUGAAACCAAAAAAUCGUUAUUUCUUUCGAGUAAAAUGCGAGAAUUCACUUGGAGAAAGUCAGUUUGGAGCGGAAGUAGCUGUAACAACAAUGGAAGAACCACCAAGGAAAGCACCUCAUAAUGUAAAAGCCUUAGCGCUGUCAUCAAGGUCAAUUAAUGUCACAUGGCAAGUUCCAAGUGAUGAUGAUUAUGAUAGUAUCGAUGGCUAUUACGUUGGUUUUAAACCUUAUAUUAAAGCAGAACCUUACAAUUUCAAAGCAAUCAAUGCAUCUCAUUUGAUACAUUCACAUGUAGCUAUUUCAGGACUUUCUGCAAUGACUGAUUACAGUGUAAUCGUCCAAGGCUUUAACAGUAAGGGUGCUGGGCCACCUUCUGAACCCGUCAUUGUAAGAACCUUAGAAUUCGAUAAGCCCGAUACUCCGCUGAUAAAAACGUAUUUUUCAACUUCAAAAACUAUUAAAAUAUCAUGGGAAUCCAGAACAACCCCAACCUCACCAGUAACAGGUUACAUACUUCACUACAGAAAAGAUGGUCAAGAUUGGCAAGAAGUCCGUUUACCCGGCGAAAGAAACUUUUACACUCAGAGAGAUUUACAAUGUGGCACUUCGUAUUCCUUUUAUUUAAUUACUUUCAACAGUGCAGGUAGAAGCAACAACAGUGAAAUGCUGUCAGCUAAAACUGAUGGAAUUGCACCAAUAGCUCCAGAAAAAGAUAGAUUACUCUCGGUGAAUUCCACUUGUGCAUUUGUUAAUCUCAGCAGCUGGCAUAAUGGAGGCUGUCCAAUUAAAUUUUUCGUUGUCCAGUACCGUUCAAGUGGCCAAACAGAAUGGACUCUUGUCAGUAAUAACAUUGUACCGGAGCAAUUGAAUGUAACCAUCACUGACUUAAUUCCUGGAACAUGGUACACAUUGUUCAUCACUGCACGGAAUGAUGCAGGGGUUACUGAUUCAGAAUAUGUUUUUGCUACUUUGACAUUAUCCGGAGAAAGUCCUCCUCAUCCAUCACAAGCUGCAGAUGCACACAGUGCAUUCUAUCGACAUUUAACUAUCACAGUUCCAGUGAUUAGUUCAGCUAUAGUUCUAAUAGUUAUCUUGUUCGCUGUCUGCAUCAUAACUACUCGGAGGCAUUCAGAUCGUCACCCAUCAGUUUCAACAGGCUUAGAUGGAACUGAACCACAAAAAACUGAGAACAUACCACUGCCAGCAACUUACGACAAUUCUCAAGAGAUAGCAUAUUACGCCAGCAGUCAUGUUCUCAACUACAGCGAACACUGCAUCCAAAACACCAGUCAGAAAAACACAGGGACGAUGAAUAGCACGAGAGCUGGUUACAGUUAUAUUCCAUAUCCUAAUGGAAGGGCAGAGAAAAUAGAAAGCAAUUACGAUUCUCCAGCAUUUUAUUUUCCCGGAUAUCAUUUAACAGGUAUUGAAACUAGGUCCCCACAUGGUGACAGGAUAGUUUAUAGUGUUUCAGAAAAGAAUUGGCGUAAACGAUCGAAAAAGGAAGCAAGAGAAAGAAAUCUAAGCAAAGAUGCUGAUGGUCAAAUUAUGUACGCCGUACACACAGCUGAAGACAGGCUAUUUAGAGAUGAUUCAAGAGAAUCAGAAACAGAAUGUGAUAGAUUAUGGAAAACUUACGAAAGUUGCCAAUAUGAAGAUGCCAAAAGAUGGACUCCGGAACACUCAGUUCUAAGUUAACAAAGAAAUUAUAAAACUGCUUAGAAUACCAUAUCCGCAUAAUUAAGAAUCAACCUUAAUAUCCAACAUUUUUGAUUCCUGUGUUAUGCAAAGAACCAGUAUUUUUGUAAUCUAUAUGUACAAGUGGAAAUAUUUGUAUUUUUGACUUCUAUAAUAAAGUUGUGAUUUUCCUGUUGUA